AUGGCGUUUCUGGCCCAGGUCCCGAUCCAAGAUAUCUACAGAGCAGUGACCUGGUCGUUGGUACAUACCUUCUCCUCCCACUACGCCAUCACCCAGCAGUCUAGAGAUGAUGCCAACUUUGCCCAGGGCAAGGUGCUGGCGCCCAGCUCGGAGCCCCCGGAGCCCUGGCCCCCCGCGGCGGCCGUGACCCUGCCUGUGAGCUACCGCCUCUCCAACACCCGCCUGGCCUUCUUCCUGAAGGAGACGGGGGCGGGGCCGGGGGGGAACGCCAGCGCCCCCCUGCAGCGCUCCGAGCCCUUCGUCGUCUUCCAGACCAAGGAGCUACCCGUCCUCAACGUCUCGCUGGGUCCCUUCAGCACCGGGCUGGUCCUGCCCAGGGAGCAGCUCCAGCCCUCCAGCACCCUGGAGAUCCCCGACCGCCUCACCGUCAACUGGAAGGUGCGAGCCUUCAUCAUCCAGCCGCGGGUGCUGGCCAGCCAGCCCGUGGUCCAGGUGCUCUUCUACGUGGCGGGCCGGGACUGGGACGACUUCGACGUGACCGACCGGCUGCCCUGCGUCCGGCUGCACGCCUUCCGCGAGGCCCGGGAGAUCAAGAGCUCCUGCCGCCUGCGGGGCAGCCUGGCCACCUGCCUGGUGCAGGCCGAGCUGCCCCACGCCUGGUUCGGCCCCUCGGCCGUGCCCCUGGGCAGGAGGAAGGUGCCGGAGGCCCUGGACCUGAGCGGCGAGAGCCAGCAGGCUGAGCUGUACUACACGCUGCAUGCACCCGACGGGGCCGGGGAGUGCCCCGGAGAGACGGCCCCGCGCCGGGGGGGCGGCGCUGCCCGGACCGAGGGCCCCACGCAGCACCCCUUGCUGCGCAUUGGCAGCAUCAGCCUCUUCCAGCCCCCGCCCGCCCAGCUGAUGCAGGAGCACAGGCUGGACGGCAACAUCUUCAUCCGCCUGCCGGACAAGCCCCUCAAGCCGGGCGAAGUGCUCAGCAUCCUCCUCUACCUAAUGGCCAACUCCACCGUGGAGCACUUCACGCUCAGGGUGAAGGCCAAGAAGGGCGUCAACCUCGUCAACACCAAAUCCAGGAACCUCCAGUGGCUGGUGAACUCUGAGCUGCUGACGGGCGGGAAGCACUCCACAGCCACCGUCGACGUGGCCAAGGCAGACGGCGCGCUGCCCAGGGACGGGGACUCCUCCUACGAGAUCAUGCAGCUGGACUUUGAGAUGGAGAAUUUCACCAGCCAGGCCGUGACGCGGCGCAUCAUGUGGCACAUCGACUACCGGGGCCGCAACCCGCCGCCCGACCUGGAGAAGGUGGUGACGGAGCUGACGGUCAUUCAGCGGGACAUCCGCGCCAUCGUGCCCCUGGCCAUGGACACAGAGAUCAUCAACACCGCCAUCCUGACGGGCCGGACGGUGGCCAUCCCGGUGAAGGUCAUUGCCAUAGAGAUGACCGGCGUCAUCACGGACGUCUCGGCCAUGGUCGAGUGCAAGUCCAACAACGAGGACAUCAUCAAGGUGUCCAGCAGCUGCGACUACGUGUUUGUGAGCGGGAAGGAGACGCGCGGCUCCAUGAACGCCCGGGUGACCUUCAGCUACGAGCACCUGAGCGCCCUGCUGGAGAUGACCGUGUGGGUGCCCAAGCUGCCGCUGCACAUCGAGCUGUUGGACCCCAGGCUGAGCCAAGUGAAGGGCUGGAGGGUGCCCAUCCUGCCGGACAGGAGGUCAGUGCGGGAGAGCGAGGAUGACGAGGACGAGGAUGAGCGGAAGCAGAGCCGGGGCUGCACCCUGCAGUACCAGCACUCCACCCUGCAGGUCUUCACCCAGUUCCACACCACCUCCUCGGAGGGCACCGACCAGGUCAUCACCAUGCUGGGCCCCGACUGGCUGGUGGAGGUCACCGACCUGGUCAGCGACUUCAUGAAGGUGGAUGACCCCCGGGUGGCCCAGCUGGUGGACAGCAGCACGCUGGCCGGGCGGGAGCCGGGCACCACGCUCUUCAAGAUGGACCACUCCCACCACUGGGUCUUCUUGGGCAACGGGCAGCCCCUGAGGGUCCAGAAUGACCUCUCCCCUCCGCCCGAGAGCCCCGGCAACCCGCUGGAGAGCGUCCAGACCUGCUGCCAUGGGGACCACCACAGCAGCGGCAGCUCGCAGACCAGCGUGCAGAGCCAGGUGCACGGGCGGGGAGAUGGCUCCUCGGGGGGCUCCACCAGGGACCAGAGCGAGGACCCGCUCAACUCGCCCACCUCCAAGAGGAAGCGGGUGAAGUUCACCACCUUCGCCACGCUGCCCUCCGAGGAGCUGGCCUACAACUCCAUCCCCAUCGCUGACGAGGAGGACCUGGAGUGGGUGUGCCAGGACAUGGGGCUACAGGAUCCCGAGGCGCUCCACGACUACAUCUGCAGGAUCAAGGAGAUCGCUUAGCCACGCCACGCCAGCCGCUGCCCACCGGCCGGGGCUUGAGCGGAUACCCCAGACCCUGACCGCGGGAGCCGAUUUUCGAUACUCCCCCCCCUUUCCCUUUCGCUCUCUCUUCCGCGCACGGGGCUCCCCCUUCCGCCACUUUUUUUUUUCUUUGAAAGGGAACGAGUGUCGAGCGAGCCAAACGGAGCGGGGUGAACCCCGGCGUCCCAAAGGAGCAAGGGGCCACCUCUGCCUUCCGCCCACUCACCGCCAAAGUGCCGAGGUGCCUGCACGCUGCUUGCACAAACGCCCCCCCUCCUGCCGGGUGCUAGGUGGCGCCGUAGAGGGGAGCCGGCGCAGCGGGGGGCGCGGAGCCCCGCGUUAUGGGGAAGACACUGGUGGGGGUGGAGGAGCCAGAGAUAGAGCAAGAAGUUCGGGGGGGGGCAGGUUCAGACCUGGAGCGAUAACGGUCAGCGUGGAGGGCUCAGCUUGGAUGUGCCCGCUCUCCACGUGCCCUGACGUUGCCUUGGCCCACCCUGCGAACCACUGACCGAGCGGCGCGGCCUCCUGCCCUGCGGCCUCCGAGCGAGCGUCGGCCACGAAAGACGAACAGGAUUUCUCUGCUUUACU